AUGGCCUCAACUCAACCCAUAGUCCUAGUAGUUGUGGUUGUCUGUGCUGGAGGCCUUGUCAUUCUUUCUUUGCUUACUUUUGCACUAUUCUACUUCUUUAAGAGGAAUGAGAAGACACAAGAAACCGACAUCAUACAUAUCGAUGAGCAUAAAAAGGGUAAGGAAACCAUUACUCCUGGUCCUUUUGGAAAACAAGCAGUAGCUAUAUCAGUUGAAGAUGAUGUACAUGUAGAUGAAACAAGGAAGAAUGAGAAACUCGGUCAUGGUUUGCAAGCCAGAUCAUCCUCAGAUAUCAUACGUAUCGAUGAGCAUAAAAAGGGCAACCAAACCAUUGUUCCUGGUCCUUUUGGACAACAAGCAGUAGUUAUAUCAGUUGAAGAUGAUUUGCAUGUCAGAACUUCCCAUGGCCAUCACCACCAGCUUGAUAACAAAUCCUGA